UAGGUUGUCAACGUCAGGCAGGCUAGUGGUCGCUGGGUAAAGAGGUUUCCCGCUCGCUCCAUGCAGCAGCAGGCUAGCAAAUUUACAUAUUCUAAUGACAGAAAUGAGGAGAAAAUAUGGCACAGAAGCGCAUUUAAAUUUUUUUUUGGGAAAACUACCACCAGUGAAGAAGAACACUAUUACCGCAAACACUACAACGGAGAGCAGCCGGAGUGAGGAGAAUGUCCGCCCGCCUCUGCCUGCAGCUGCACCGGCAGGCCCAUCCCUAGCACCCCCCACCCAACCUAGCUUGAUUGGAUUAGCCGAGCCCUGCCAGCUAAUAUCCACCUUCAAAUUUCCUGCUCUGCGUUUUGGUAUCAUAUGGGAUGAUAUUUUCUGUUUUGUUUGCCUGAAAGCAGUCGGGGAAAAAAAGUCAUACCUAGAGACAAAUUUAAGAAAGUAAACCCCUUUCGUGAAUGCCGGCUUUUCAAAUUGGCAUAAAGUAAGGAGCAUGAGAGAUCAGAGUUGCACAGCGAGGAAAUACAAACGUCGACACAGACCGCCUUGACCUCCAGCUCAAAAUGCUUGGGCCAAGCAUCGCCAAGCAGCAUCAUGUUUAACAUAGCUCCAGCCACAAACAAGAGCCACGUUUUCAAAAACAGAAAAACUGAUGGAGUUUAUGUCUGUGCCUAACCAUCUCCAUGGCCUCAUCCGAGCGCACCCUCUCCGCCUUGAAGACAUGGGUACGCAGCGCCAUGACUCAGAAAAGACUCACACCUUUCGCUGAUGCAUGUCCACACAGACAUUCUGAACUCCCUGGACAGAGACUUUAUCUCCACGACCCCAGAGCGCACCUCCACAUUUGGACACCUGUAACCAGGACACCCUGCCUGCGGCUCAAAUGCAACCUUCCCGUCCACCGGCGAGGCCGCGACUCCAGCAGCCGCAGGAGAAGCUCUGCACGCCGGGCACGCAGUUCCUGGACCAAGUGUCCAUGCUGCAGGAACGAGCAGGUGAAUUUAACCCCGGGGCCCCAGCACUCUGCUGCUAAGCCCAAACCUCCCCGGAAGAGGAAGCGGAGCUCCGUGUGCCGUCCUUCUGCACCUUCUGCUCAUGGUCCAGCGAAAAGCAUUUUGGUCCCGGCGCCUCCAUCCUCCAUCCCACCUGCUGACCUGCCCGUGGCGUCCAACUUGCCCCCCGGCCCGCCUGCCAACCAGCCGAGCUCCACUGCUGUGAAUGAACCAGUCAAGAUACACAACUGCUCAGUGGAAGACUACCAGAGAGUCUACCAUGAAGUGGUCGACGAUCUGCUGAGGUACCCGAGCGGCCGGGUUCGUCCCUACAGUUUACAGCUGGGACGACGCAUCAAGUGGAAGCUGUGGGAGAGAAUGGACCGCCCCGCCAUGACAUCAUCCACCCGUCAAGACGGACUCACACACGUGGACGUCUCGUUCAGGGCUGGACUCUCUCCUCCCCUCUAUGACGUGGACACUUUGGGAGAACCGAGCCCCGGACAGCCUCCGCUUAAAAGAGCCAAGAAGUCCGACUGACCUGAGAGCAGCGGCUUCACUCAAACACGCUGUAAAAACAGUUGAGUGAGAUCAAAUCCAGCCUGUAAAUAUUAGAGACUUUAACACAACACAUGUACAUGCAGCCUCCGUCAAUAAACAAGCCUCCACCUCGAA